GGGCCCCCUCCAGCCGGGGCCGUGGAGCACCGGGGCAAAGGCCGGGGCCCCCCCAUGAAGGAGCGCGACGCGGCCCCGGCCGAGCGGGGCAAGCCGGCCACCUACACUGGGGACAAGAAGGCGAAGAUGGCCGCCAAGACCAACAAGAAGUGGGUCCGGCUCGCCACCGUGUUCGCCUACGUGCUCUCCGUGUCGCUGGCCGCCAUCGUGCUCGCCGUCUAUUACAGCCUCAUCUGGCAGCCGGUGGGCGCCGGGACCUCGGGGGGAGCAGCCGGCCCGCCCCCCGGCGGCUCCAACGCCACCGGCCCGUCCGGGACUUCGGGGGCGGCGGCCGUGGGGCCCAAUGCCACCGGGUCGUCCCGCCGCGAGGCGCCGCGCGACGCGCCCCCGCUGCAGGCGGCAGGGCCCACAGCUCCUGAGCCUUCUGCCGACAGCCCCCCGGCCGGGCCGCUGGAGCGGCCGCGGGGGCCCGAGGAGGACGAGGAGGAAGCGGCGGCGGCGCCCGGGAGGCGUUGAGCCCUUCCGCACCAGGGCCGGCGGAGAACCAUCCCCAAGCCUGGAGGCAGGACUUUGCAGCAGGACGGGGCGGAGAGCCCACGGAAGUGACCCUCUCGGGAGUGAACGCCCCCCUUCCCGCAAGGGUCGCCGACUUGCGGGGACGAGUGGCCUGCUGGCCGAUCUUCAGCCAAGGGACCACGAUUCGUCCAGGACUCGGGGGUUUGGUCCUCCCAGGACUGUGCCGCGGCCCCGGGGCCAGGAGCCAUUAGGGGGGUGGGGGGAGGGGUGGGGAGAUCCCAGCACCGAACCCUUCUGCGCCGCUUGCACUUGCGUAGCCUACGUGCAGGGGUGACUCGGGCUCUCCCCCAAGACUCAGGGGAUGGAGGGAGCUGUAGGGGCUCUUAAAUAAGCUGAAGCUGUCGGAAGGAGGAGGGCACCAAAAGUAGUGGAGCUCAGGAGAACAUCUGGGAAUCCAGUCCCCUGUCCCCAUCCAACCCCUGUAUUCUGGACUGUUGAAUCCACUCUGGGACGGAUCAGAGUCUAGAGAGACCACUUAUAGGUCCAACUGCUGGCCUCCUGACUCUAAAGCCUUCACUGGAAUUGGUACAUUAGUUCCAGCUCUAGCUGUGAACAUGACCAGAGACAUUAUUUAUAAUUCAGCCAUUUAAGAUAUACCUGUACUCAAAAAGUCUUGUAUAUUUUUUAAAAGUUUUAUUUUUCAGGUGAACAAAAAUACAUUCUAAGAACUCUACGUAAACCUGUGGAAGUUGUUUCUGUUUUCACAUUGCUUGGGGAAGAAGUAGAAGUAGAGGUUGGAAGAGGGGUCUGAGAUGUGGUGGAUGGGUCUUGAUAAAUAGCUGUUGGAGGAAAAAACAACUGCCCCAAUGUUCUCUGUGCCCAAUGGCUUGACCGAAUUGAUUAGUGAAGGGUGGUAGGAUCCAUCUUAGUCCAGAAGCAAUGACAGGGUUGGAAGAACAGCGAUAUCUAGCUUAAAAGGGUUGGAAAAAGUUCUGCUUUUACUGGACUCUAAGCAGAUGCCUAGCUGAGGAAGCUAAGAGACCAGUCACCAUGCAUAUUAAGAAUUAUUGCAAAUACUGAGCUGGCUGAGAGCUGAGGUGGGGAUAAGCCACCUGAUAACAUCACUGUUCUCACCUUUAAACAAACAAUUGACCCCCAGAUAGUUCAAGAAAUGCUAACACUGGGAAAGACACCAAGGAAUCUGCAGUGGUUGGUCAGAGCUUUGUCUACAGUGGAGUAAGCGAGAGAGCCAAAUGGCUGAGAGAAGCUUUAGAUUGCUUCAGAGGUGAGGCUUUUUCUCCCCAGAAAACAAACAAUAAAAAACAUGUGGGUGAAAAGCACAAAAAUAAGGGAUUAGUUGUGCUGCAAAAUACAUGGCAAGCAAUUGAGCUCAGCUCACUAUUAGUGCUGCCCAGUACACAACCAGAAGCCAGUGUUGGUGGGGCCCCCUGAGGUCUGCACUUCUCCAGAGCUGUUGGGGGGUGGCCGCUGCUCUUUUAUAUCACCUUGUAGUUUGCAGGGAGCCUGGAAAAGUCCGCCCUUCUUUUAUUUCCCUCUUCAGCCUACACAAUGGCUUUCUGUGAGAGGGCUUGGUAAGGCAGAGCAGAAGGGACAGAGUUUCCAGGUUCUAGUCAGCCCCUCCUUUCUGUAGAUGGUGACAUGUGGCUUUUGCAGCUGCACCGGGCUUCACACGGUGGGCCGAUACAGCAGUGUGUGUGGCAGGGUCCUGCUGGCUGAUGAAAAGGGCACUGUUCCACCAGAACAGGGCCCGGUUGGUGGGG